UAAUCGAGUGGCAAGUAAUUCGAUGUGCUCUUGUACAAUUUAUAGGCACAAGUACGGACGAACGGAGCAGGAACCUCCUCGAAGAGCGCUAAUAAUGGGGGAAAUGAAACGGGAGAGAAAAAUCCAUAGCUAAAUGUCAGAUGGUGCUAAUAAGAGGAGCUUUUUAUCCUUUGUUGAUCUCUGUGCAGCAGGUGUGUGUGCGUGUGUGGGAGUGUGUGUGUGUGAUUUUAAAGAAUGGAAAAUCAAAUAAGCACAAAGAGAGGAUUUUUUUUUUCCUGGGUAACCUUGGCUGUUUGAAGAAAACUGUGUCCUCCGUCGUUGAGUCUUUGUUGUUCAUUUGUCAGAGUAGAAAAAAAAGCUCAAAGACGUUUGGAGCAGUUUGUGCGAUUAAUCUUGAUUUUUUUAAAAAAACAAGACGUGUAAACGGCUUCACCUGCGAACUCCUGAACAGACAGACAGUUUUUAAAAUGAGCAGAAAUUGGCACCGAUGUGAAAGUAUUUUAGAUUAAAGACACAUAAUUACUCCUUCUGCUUCCUCCCUGUUAUUUUCCAUUUAAGUUUCUCCAGCGAAGCGGCGGCUGAUUUUAGAUUCCAGUUCUUUCACCUGUGUCUGUGCUCGGCUUUUCAUCUUUCUGUACUUUGGCUGUAAAUUCUUGACAGAAGGAGGAGUCACGUUUACCAGAGACCUCUAGAGAUGCCCCCCCCCCACACUCCUCCUCCUCCUCCUCCUCCCAACCACCACCUCCACCAUCAACACCACCACCACCGACCACACACACCCACUGUACCUCAGGGGGAAAUGAGACAAGGAGAGAGGGAGAGAGAGAGAGAGAGAGAGAGAGAGAGAGUGGUGGGAGGGGUGGAAGGAGUUUGAGACAAGAAAAACAAAUCAAGAGCCAUAAGCUCCUCGAAAUUAGCUUGUUGAGGUAAGAGAAACGGAGACAAAAAAGAAGACAGAAAAAGAAGACAGAGAGAGAGAGAGAGAGAGAGAGAGAGAGAGCGCUCCAACAAAGCCAAAAGGGUGGAGGAGGACUCGAGAGAUUUUUUUUUUUUUUUUUUUACAGCUCUCUGUAUCAGAAGUGGUGAUUUAUUUUGUCACUUCUCUCUCUGAGCUUUCAGGAGUCAGUGGACUGUAGUUUUUUUUUAAUCCCUUCCCCUCAGGAGGAGAGCUACACACACACACACACUCACACACACACACACACACACACAGCAACAGAAAAGGGGGAUUACAAAAAAAAGGUUAACAAGUAGGGGGUGACGUAGGGCGCCAGAGAGAUGGAAGCCAACUCUAAAAAGCAUCGCUUUAGAAAAGGUCGGAGUGCCACCUUCAGCAUCGACGGCUUCAACAUCACCAUAGUGGCAAAUGAAGACGCAGAGAGUUCUACCAGACAACAGACCAGUUUUUCACGCUCCAAGUCUCAGAGUGCCUUGUGGAAUGCCAUCACUGCAGGCAUGGGCAUCAAAGGUAAAGAGCAGAAGCCCCGUCUGAACGACUCGCGCAGUCCAGAGGAAAUUCUGGCCGAUGAGCUCCCUUCAAUGGAGGAACCUGAAGCCACAGAGAAAACGGCCAUCAGGUUUGCCUCAUCGUCCAAACACCACAGACACAUGAGCAGCUUAUCUUCUGUUAAUUAUCACUGAAUGGUCCCAGUGUCUGCAGUGAUGCAGUGGGACACUGACAGCUGUGUCCAGCUCAUUAUCUUGUACAGGUGUGAUUUGCAUAUUGUCAAUAUGUCUCUUCGGUGUGAGACAAAGAAGACGUGGGUUGUCUUGCACUGUUUUAAAUUGUCCGUUUUAAUCAUUCGGAAUUGAGGCUCGCACGAUUUUCACACAAUUGGAGUCCAGUUUUAUUGAAACAAUUUUUUUUUCUGGUACUAAAGGCAUGUAAUAAACCACACCCACACACACAUAUACACACACACAGUGUACUAAUUGUUAUGUACGACUGCUGACCUCAGGGGAGGUGGGCAUGAUUGAUUCCACCUUGAUAACAAGGACUUCAAACCACCAUUAACAUAAUUUGUUGUCACUUUUAGAAUAUUGAACGUCUUUUAACGCCUAGUUCCAAUUAACCUUGAUGGCUCUGGAGACCAGUACAAAUGCCGCAGGUGGCGACAGGAGAGGAGUUGUCGGAGGAUACUAAAAAUUCACCCGGCGCCUGAUAACAACCUCUUGAUUGUAUGCAUAAUAUACGAGGUCGCGUGGCAAAGUGGAUCUGGUUCAGGAGAGCUCUUUCAGUUCAGACUACCAGGCUCCCGUUAGAAUUCUUGGUCUCAUUUGUCUCUCAGCAGCAGCAUGUUGGGUUUUUUUUGUUGUUGUUGUUUUUUUAAAUCUUGUGUUUCUCUUUGUCCUGUCAAAUUACAGUGCUGUUGUUUUGGGCCUUACAGUGCCCCCCCACCCUCUACCCCCCUUUAACACCAGUUCUUUUUUUCCAUACAAGAGUGGUGAGAAGUAGAAAGUAA